GGCGCGGCGGCUGCGGGCGGCCGAGUGAGGUCGGAGCGGCGGCUCCAGCCCGGCAACAUGAUGCCUGGGGAAUCGCGUUCGCAGGCGGCGGACACCGGGCCCGGCUCCGCGGACUCGGGCUCCGGGACAGGCCCCGCCCCCUGUCAGAACUGUUACAGCUUGCAGCAGAGUUUAAAUGAAUAUGUAGCUGCAUUUAUUGCACUGAAACAGAAAAUCAUCGACACAGAUCAUGUUCUCGCAGAAUAUCAGAAGAAAUGUGAUGAGCUCCAGAAAACUGAAAGAGAUCGGAAAACACUCCGAGAUCAACUAGAUGAGUCGUUGCAGAAAUUUGAACCUCUGGAAAAAUGCAAAGAAGAAUUGGAUGCUCUGAGGGUGGAACUGGAAGAAAAGAGGAGUUCCAUCAAGAUGUACCAGCAGACUCAUUUAGAAUUCAGUAAAUUGGAACAAGAGCGGAUAAAAAACGAUGCUUUAAACAAGAAAUUGGAAAUGCGGAUAAAAAAGCUGGAAGAAACGACGAGUAAACAAAAUGGAGAAAUAAAGCAACUGAAAAAAGAAAAGACAGCAUUGGAAAAAAAUUUAAAGAAAACUCAGGAGAAACUGCUGACUCAGCAGAAGAAUGGUGUAAAAGUUUUAAAAGGUACGGAGAAAAAGAAAGCUGCAUGUGAUGUACCAAGAAUAGACAAAAAUAAAGUGAAGCUAUUACUUGAAGAAAUAUGGACGUGCAUUGAAAAGUCUGGUAUCCAGGAAAAGCAGAGCAAGGGAAGCACGGACAGCCCAGAGAAGAAAACAAAUUCAUGGAAGAAAUGCAAGACGCCCAGGAGAAAUAUAAUUAACCGACGUCAUAACAGUCCAGUGGAGAAGGAGUCGCCACCAUCCUCAUCAUUGCAUCAGUCAAAGUGUGACCAAGAAAGCAAUGAUCAGAGUGAGCUGGACGAGAGUCUGAUUGAUGAAGGACUGAAAGCCAAUGGAGAGAGUGCCUUCUAUGAUGAUGAGAGUGCAGCAGUGACUAAACAUCAGGAUCCUAAUGACAGUCCAAAUGCAUCAAGUAGUGAUAGUGAAGAUGGAGAUGAUGAGCAAGACGCUUUAAGCCAACAACUGCAAGAAAUACUUUACUGGGCUCAACCCCUUCCACCUCAACUCUCUCCACUGCCCUAUUCAUCUUCACUUUCACCCAGAAAGCAAAGCACGUUUGGAGAUCUGACGGAUUCAAGUGAUGCUGAAGGUGGUGAUCUCCCGCGACAAAACUGCAGUGAAAGGUUUUCUGAGACUGAUCAGCCUGAUAGUUCUAUGUGCACCAAGACCAUGGUAACAGAUCAGUCAUCUACCACAGAAGUUGGCUUCUCUGAAAGUACAACUGAAACUGAGAAAACAGAUUGUACUCAGACAGGAACUGUUAACGUGAAUGUGCAAAGUGUGGCUGAAACUGAGACCGGGGGUGAGGCAUCGUAUCCUGGUUUAAUUGCCGAGGGUGUUCAGUGUAGAAAUGAGGACAACACUGAAGCACAAUCAAUGCUAGAGGAAACAAGAGUGAACACUGAAAUGACCAAAUCCCCAGAAAUACAGAGUGCUGAUGUUCUUCCUAUACCCAGCAGUUUCUUUGAAGAGGAUUUCAUGUCUGCUGAGCACAGUUAUCUUAAGGGGUUUGAUGCCUCCAGAUACACUGCAGUUUCCGCUCUACUGAGCCUUAAAAUAAUGGAGCCCAGACUUGAAAGGCCAAAGGUAAACAGCAAUACUGAAAAUGGCAUACAAACAGGUAUUAACCAAGGGGACACGGAGAAUCUUUUACAAGAAACCAGUUCUUGUGGACAGCUAGGUCCAACUUCAGAAGAAAUGGAAGUGGAAGAAAUUCAUUAUAAACUUUCUACAUGUGACAGUCGAAAUGAAUGUACAGUAGCUCCUGUGCUGGUCUCUAAUGGGCAGGACCCAAAAUCAGUUGAUGUGGCAAAAGGACAUACAAGUAAUAGCACAGUAGAAGAAGUAAUUUUGCUUCCAGAGCUUAGUAACACUGUGGUAAAUGAUGCUACUGAGGACCAAUGCAUUCCUAAGGAGGAUAUGGAGUUGGAAGAAGUUCAUCGCAAAGGCAAACAGCGUGCUGAAAGUACACAGAUUUCACUGCGAUCAACUGAUGUGGAGCUUUCUCAAGCAGAGUCACCAGUAAGGGAGCAAAAUCUGAAGAUAAUGCAAAUGCCACCACGUGCUGAGAGUUGCUGUUCCAUGGAGACUGGUUUUUCUCAGGGCAGUUUCAAAACGUUCACCUCUGCAGGGUCAGUGAUGGAGAAAACUAAUUCUGCUGAUUCGGUAUACCAUCAAGAGAAGCAUGAAUUUGGAGUGAAAGAGCAAGGCAGGCUUGAGAAAAUGGAGGAGGCAGCACCACCAGGAGAUUUGGAGUGUCCUGUAGAAACUGAUUCAUCUCAGGAUGAGUCAAAGAAAUGUGUUUCUGUGGAGAAUAAGGGAAUAGAGAAGAUUAAUUCUCGUAGCUUAAUAUCUGGUAAUGAAAAAAGUAAAUCAUCGGUGGCUUCUGUCCUGCUUAAUGCCACUGAAGACUCUGUGGUAAAGAAACAAGAUGACAGAAUGCAAGGAAAUACUGUACUUGAUGCUACUGAGAGUUCUAUCAUUGCUGAUGUUGCUGAGGGUGGAGCCAAAGACUCUGUUUGUGCUGGAGAUGUAUUGGGUUCUACUUCUCAUCGUGGACUUGCAGUAUCUUCAGAACAAGAGUUUAUUCAACAGAAUCGAUCAAGGGUAACAAUAAAGGAAAAAGAUAGACUCAACGGAUCGGUGGAGGUGACGUCUCUUGAGUCUGAUGGUCCUCUUGUAGCUGAUGUCACCCAAAACAGUUUAAAGUACGAUGUUUUUAUUGGGAGCAAUAGAAUGGGCUCAAAUGCUGAAAGCCCAAAAGAUGAAUGCACGUCUGCUGUAGUGUCAUUCUCUUCUCAGCAAGGCAAAGUAGCAUCUGCAAUAAUGCGUCAAGAUUUUCCUAGCAAAGCAGAGGAGACUCCUCCAUUUGUUGAGUCUAAUAUUUCAAUGUCACAAGUGGAUGUUUUAGACAAGGAAAAGGACUGCAGUUCUACUGGGGAGAUGGAGGAAGUCACAUCUGCCAGAUCUACACCUUCUCAACGCACGGUGAAUUCAAUUCAGUCUUGCACUGAAAAAUCGCAAACGAACUCCAUGAUCAAAGUGGAUGAUAUUAUUACCAAAGCAAAAGUAGCAUCUUUUCUUGUGACUGACUCUUCUGUUGUAACUGAUCUUGCUCAGGACAAUUCCACAGAAUGCACUUCCACUGAAGUGCCUGACAAAUAUGAAAAUAAGGACACCUGUUCCACACAGACCAAAUCUGUUCAUGUUGCCGAAUGUGCAAGUCCUUUUGAUAAAUGGAAAGAUAGGUUAAUGGAAAAUAAGGAAAUGGAGAGAAGUGAAAUGGAGGAGAUAAACAAUCAAUCUGUAAAGUUAUUAGGGGAUUAUUUAUCUUCUGGUCAGACUUUCCCAAGUUUUCAACCCAUCUCAGAUGAAUCCUCAGGAACAAAUAUGUCACAGAAUAUUGCAGGGCAGCAUUUGGGGCAGAACAGCGCUGUUGAUACCUCAGAAUCUGAGGAACGUUCAAACACGGGAAAAAACCUUUGUAAGGUGAACAAAGACCUUCAGGCCCAUGAGGCAGGAGUCUCAACACCGAUGCGGAAAAUCAAGAAGAGAAAACAAUGGAAGAGAAAGACUCCAGCACCCACUAAAAGAACACAGAAAGUUGUUCAUCAUAAGUUGGAUGGUAUGGGCACGACAGCUGAAAGUGCCACAACAGAAUGUCAAAACCUGGAGCCUGAAGUUCAGACUGAGAAUCGCAAAAUGGAAUUUGGGCAGCAGUGCUUCCCUGUCAAUAACCAUGCUACUGUUCCUUAUUCGGACUUACCUUUUGAUUCUGAAAGCAUUCCAGCUGCUAACAAAACAGUUUGCAAUAAAGAAAGCGUUACAAAUGUCCAAGAGUCGACAGCUAUCCGUCCUGACUCCAAUGAACAUAAAACUAAACGGCUCACUUUCGAUAAGUCACUUAAACAAGGCUCCUGUCAAACUCCAGUGCUUCAUAAACACAGUAAUACAAAUGUAAAUUAUGAAGCUGCAAGAAAUUCUGGUAAUGUAAUGUCAGUAGAGUGUGAAACAUCAGAUUUAGAUAACCCUGCAAAAGAAGUUUGUGACAAUGAGACUUGUUCUGAAUCAAGCCGUAACAAUGACUCGUUACGCUGUACACAAGUAGAAAGUAAACAUUUUGCAGGAAACAAUUGUAAUCAUAAUGACCCAGCAGAUGUGGAAAACUCAGAAAGCUCCUCUGAAGUCUGUUCCUAUCAGGAUGCUAACAUUUGUACAAAAGAACUCUUGGGCAUCCAAAUGAACAAUAUUGGAAUUGCAGAGCAAAUACCCAAUUGCACAGUAAGUGCAAAAGCAGUUAGAAGUUCUACAAACACAACCUUAAAAGAACCCUCCGUUUACUUGCCUUCAAUACAAAAAGUAGAUAAUUCAACGCAAACAGAGUUAAUAUGUAAUGGGUCGCAUGUUGUGCUCUUUGCUAGGAAUAAUUGGCCAGCUACUUCGAAAACACUUUCUCAGGUGGGCUCUAAUGGAGAAGAUAAAGGUAAAAUCCCAAAAGGUAAAGGUAAAAUCCCAAAGUCAAAGAGUGCUUCUUCCCUUCCUGAUGCAGCUUCAGGUGAUCAGAUGCCUAUUGGAUCAGAGUCAAUGCAUGGGAAAGAGGUAUUACUUGAAAGUACAAGUGAUAGCUCGGUGAAUUCAAAGUCGCUUGGAACUUCAGUAAGUGAUCAAACCUGCAUGCCUUCAAGUAACAGGAAAAUACCAAGUGUUUUGGUAGAUGGAGACGUACAGCAAGAUGGCAAUGUACAAAAGUCAAAACUACAAACCACCUACAAAAGGCGUGUAGCUUUAAGAAAAAAGAGCAGAGGUUCGAAUCCUGACAAUCUCUCUGUGAUUGUGAAUACUGAUGCAUCCGCUGCAAGAUUGUGCAUGGAAGAAAUCCAUGAAGUGAUGUUAGAAAUGGGGCAACCUCUGCCACCUUUGCUGCCACCACUAGUCGCCACUCCUCCGCGAACCGUGAGAUCUACAAGAGCUCAAUCCUCUCCUGCUGCAACAUCCUGUGUGGCUUCUGUCUGUUCCCCUGUAGAUGACUUGGUUUCUUCAAAAGAGACCUCAAAGGUAGCGUUGGAUUCAUCUCCAUCGGAUCAUUUGCAACAGAAGUCUCCUCUGGUGCAUUCCCCAUCACCUUUAGAAUUUGCAAGAAAUGAAAGAAUCCAGUCUUCUCCAUUACAGUUUUGCACUACAACCCCCAAGCAUGCUGUUCCUGUGCCUGGGAGGCUACCUCCAUCUACGUCAGCAUCGGCAAAUGCAACUUUACCUCAGGAGAAUUCCGUAAAAAUUCUGGAUGCCAUGUAUCCCAAUCUUUCUGCACGAGCACGGACUUUAAAUAUUCUCCGUGGUAAUGUUCAGCUCAGCAUGCGUGGUGGCCCUGCAGAAGGUGAGAGCCAAGCCGGGCCAGUGAAUCAAAUCAUGGGGUUCAAAGCCAUCAACUCAUCUCCAACUGCAUUUGUAAAAGCAGGAAGCAAUUCCAGAUCAGAAGGGCCGGCAAAAGAUUUGGAGCAGCAGAAGCCGGUUGAUGGCACUUUGGACACCAUGGAUAGAUCCACACAAGACCAAAAAGUUGCCAAAAGAUGUGCAGAAGCUGAUGUAGCAAACAGAGCUAAAAAACUGAAAACUGAAAACAAUAGUCAACACGAGGACAAUGCUGAUCUGAUCACUCCAGAUGCGGUAGAUGUUGUUGACCAAACGGAGAAACUUUGUGACAGUGUUGUAGAGCCAAAAUCAGCAGAUAAAACUGAACUUCUCUCCCAGCCUGGUGAACCUGUUGAAGUGAGUGAAGAGGCUGUCGCCAGUGCCUUAAAUAAAAUUACUAAAUCCUGCUUCGACUUGCUCCCUGUUGUUCGCAGCCAUGUGUUUGUUGGGAAGAUUCCUCAGGUCCCAGUGCUUCGUGAUGAAGAGAAAGAAGUGAUUAGUGAACUAAAUGGCAACAAGGAUUUAACAGAAGCUGUGUUAUUGGCGAUCAUUAAGAAGCUGAAGGCUGAGCGAAGUACCCUCGAUGGCGACUGUCUUCAAGCACUUUGUCGAGUUUAUGUUGCAAUCUGCCGACAACAGGGAGACCUUGAACGAGCUCGUCUUCUUUCCUAUAGUGUCCUAAAGGAAGAUUUUCCAGACUCAAGCAAACUGCUGUUGCUUAUCCUGAGUGUCUGGCAAAACAUGAUUUCUAUGCAAGGACCUGUUAAUAAAGCUAUGCAAGCUGUUGCCAAGCAACGUGCCAAAGGAGACAUUCUGGAUUGUUUGAGUGUAUACCUUAACUGGGAGAAGAAUCUGCCUCUGGAUAUAAGUAGUUUGAUAUCAAGUUUCCUUGUAGCAAUGCAGCAGAGUCCUAAAGUACGAUUCCAAGCGAGUAGUGAAUAUGGAAUGGAUUUCAAUGGCAAUAUGUGGGAGCUGAUAUAUGCCAUUGAUCUACUAUGCUCCCAACAACACUGGGCAUGGACACAUGAUUGCUUCAUAAGGAAGGAAGCGUGGCCAGUGAUGGAUAAAUGGAUGAAACGCAGAAAAGGAUAUCAAAAUGUUCUGCACGUUCAGGAUGUCACUGUUGCUGGCAUCAUGAGACUCAUUGGUUGCUUGGGUCAGCAAGGACUGAAGAAAAAUUUUCUGGUGGCUGUACAAAACAUUUCAACAAUAAUCAACGGGUUCCUCCAACACUCUUUUCAAGAAGGUGUCCCAUGGCCUGUACAGUUAUCAGCAGCUUAUACAGUUUAUGACCUGGCUCCUAGCAAUCCAAAGGGAGCUCUGGAGGCCUUCCAGAUAUGGAAUGCAUCAGUCACUGAACCAGUUCCUCCUGCAGCAAAAAACUGCCUAACCGAACUGGAGACUUUCUGUGAAAGAUUGAACUUUGAAACAAAAACCACAAACAUUGCAUCCAACAAACUGUGAUAAAUGAAAAGACAACAAAUUCCACCCUGCCGCCAGCACACACGUAUAGAGGUAAUAACUUUAAUUGCUGCAAAAAUACCUAAUGGUUAACUCAAUGUUGGUUUUCACAGUUUUGACAAUGAGACUAGUAUUGCAAUCUACUUGUACACUUCCUUCCUCUCAGUCAUCACCUAGAACUCUCUCUUAAUGCAGACAUCUAAAGAAAGUGUCGAUACAUUCUGAAACUGCAGUCUUGGGAUAUGCCUGAAUGUGCAAAUCCAUUUUAGGCAUAUAUUUUCAUAGAUAAAGAUUUUUCUGUUAAACUUGCUAAACCCAAAUAUUUGGGGGGUGGGGGGACUUCACAUAAUUGAAUAAAUCUGCUUUUUUAAAAAAAAGUUGAAAUAAUUUUGUAAAGUACAAAAAUUUAAACUUUGAGAGAUUUGUGCAAAUACUAGAUUGUUUUUAUUUUUGAAUUACUUGUCACUGAUAACCAAGUGUUUCUGCUGAAAGCCAGGAUUCUGAAGUAAAUCUUAAUGAUUAUAGAUCCUAUUCCUGAAAUUGCAAGUACAUGAAAAGAUAUUUUUGAAUGCUGAAGAAGCAGUCUUGUAUUUCUUACACUUCUCUUUUUUUAAUUUGGGCACCCCAAGCUUUUUUAUUUGCAACAUAAUGCCAGUUUAGCAUGACCCCAAUAUGCAGUGUGUAUUAACCUCAGUCAGAUCAGCUAUACAAAAUCAGGUUGCUCAUCUCCCAGUUCUAUUCAAGUCUUUUGGGUUUCAACAAAAUAUUCUGCUGCUCUUUAAUUUCCACCAGUCCCAACCCCAUUUUAUUGUUGAUUUCUCUAAAAAAUCACUAUGGAAAAUGUCCAUCCAUUUUGGGCUUUAACACACUGAAAUAAGCCAUCAUGCCUUGCUGGCUCUUUAAAAACAGCUAUUCAAUAAUACCCAAUUUCAGGAUCUUUUUUCAAAGCUGAAAAGAAAUGGCUGCAAAAUACAAUUUUCACAUAAUGUUAUACGAUUAAAAAAUAGUUAAAUGAAACAAACAUUAAACUUGUUUUUAAUAACCAAUAAAUAUGAUUUUCUUCAUUUUAAACCCUAUUAUAAUUAGUUCCCAUUCUGGUAAUAUUUCCUCCUCUUCCGUCCUAAUCAAAGGCCUGGAUAAGGAAAAGACAGUGUGGUCAGCAAUUACAUUUUCCUUGCUGAAAUGGAGGAACCUAUUAGGAAAACAUUAGUGCUUGAAAGCCACAAAAAAAAGUGUGCCUGAUCAGAACAGGCAACUGGGGAAUAUAAGACCAUAAAUCAUAAGAUAUAGGAGCAGAAUCAGGCCAUUUGGCUCAUUGAGUUUUGCAUGGUCGAACAACUAUGGCAGUUUUUAUGUAACCCCCAUUCGCAAGUAAAUGGUCAAAUAAAUCUGAAUCCUGACCACCUCCCCAUAACCAUUCGCCCCUUUACCAAUCAAGUUCAAUAUAUAUUUAAGAGCAGCUAUUAGUUCUAACUGUCUAUUCCUACAUUUAGCUCUGAAGUGAUAUGUGAAACCAGGGCGUAAGAAAAGAUGAUUAAGGAUUCAUUGCUGAAGUGAGUUGCAAUCUCUCAAAAGUAUUUAGAGGGGAGCAUAGUGUUACUAUUUUACUUUGUUUAAUCAAUUAGUUUGAUUAAAAUCAAAAAUUGGAAUUACACAUUUUUUACAGUUUGUCGAAGAUAUUAAGUUUCAAUAUUUGAACUAUGAUUAAGCAAUCUUUCUGUAAUAGCAACUAGUUCACUAUAUCUUGGCCUAAUCACAGCAUGUCAUUUUUUAGUCUUAACACCUUGAUGUUGUCAAGCUCUGCCAUAAAGGUUUUCAGGAUGUGGUGAAAUAUUUUGAGGUCUUUCUGUUUUAUCAGACUUAAUGUUAGUAAUUUCAAAAGUAGGAAGGUAUUAGCAGUAAUGUUUCUCUCCUGUUGUUAAUCAGUAUGGAGUGGCUUCAGAUUUUUAAAAAAAGUAUGCAUACAUGCUUAAAGCUUGUUGUUUAGAGUUAGAAGUAAGCAAAUGUGAGAGAACUGAUAGAAAGAUAACAAAAAUAUUUCAUUAUCAGCUAUUGCCUUUGAAGGUAAAGAACAUUUUCAGGGGGAAAGUGGGUAAAGAGUAAUCUUGUGGGAUGGGGGUAAGGAAGGAAGUAUUGAAUUAACUUUUCUGAGCUGCUCUCACAACUUAGCACAGUGAUAUUUUUCUUGCUUUAACAGCAUUCUUUACCACCUUCAAUCUAUUGCCAGCUGUGUUGUCUGUAAUUAUUUUGUAAAUUAAUUAUCUUCUCCAUUUUGGAUUUUGUAGAAAAUUGCAGGUUAGAAAUAGACAGAAAGUGCUGAGAGUAUUAUGAACAGGCCCAACGGGAGAGUAAAUUACAUUUUUACCCAUGCCACACCUUAAAUUAUUUUUCAGUAAACCAACAUUCCAAGAGUUUCCAUCUACACUGCACUUACAAAUUCCAUGCACAUGGAUGUAUUGUAUAAUAAUAAAACUGGAUCUUGGAUUGAAAAGAAUAUUUUAUAGAAUAUAUCUGACCACAAAAUUCCAAAUACAAAGAAACUAUUUUCAGGUCCAAAGCUACAAGUUUGCAUCCCAUUGCUAUGAUGAUUCAAUGAAAUUUGUUUUUUAUACAAUUAGAUAAAGCCCAGAUUGUUACAAAAAUUAGCAGUGUAGAUAAUGUAUUGGGUAUUUCAUUGUGUUGAAUUUCCCAUGUCUCUGGAUUGGCAGAACUUAGAUUAAUUAAUGUCUUUUGCCUAAGCUAUGUACAUAUGAUUAUUCAUAGUGAAAAACGAAUGUUUUUCUGUGAAUGCAUGUAAUUAUAUGAAACUUUGUUUCUGAUUAUUUUUGUUCCAUUUAGGAAUGUUUUAUGUACAAAGAUACAGGUGCAAUGUAGGGUUUGGGUUCUGUAUAAAGAUUAUUAAGUAAAUAUGUUUAACACUUGUAAGAAUUUUUUAAACUUUUUUUUAUACAAAUUCACGAAUUUUCAUGUGCAACACUUUUUAUAAUAAAAUCUGGAAUCACAUUUCGUGUUUU